AUGAGCAAGGAGAAGCUACGCUUCGUCAUAGGCGGUAAACCCGUUGUUUAUGAGGGUCGCCCCGAAAACCGACCCAAAGACCUCAUGGACAUCCUCGUCAAGUUGGAUGCUGAUAAUAACGUGGUGGUUCAGGCCUUUCGUGACAACAUUGAGGGGGGCCAGAAUACGCCCAGUGCAGACAUAUUACAGCGAUAUAGCGACGCCAAGCGGGCUUAUAUGGAAAAGAAACAGAAAAAGAAACAGAGCGAAUCUGCCGCCGCUGAGAAGCCGGUGGAGGAAAAACCCGUGGAUGAGAAACCGCAGACAAUGACACUAACCUUUCAGGGGAAACAACUCAGCUAUCAGGGGCUUCCCAGUGGUAAGCAACAUGCUGUUAUUGAGCUACUUGUCAAGCACGACGCGUCGCUGGAGGUAGCGGUGGAGACGUUUAAAAAAAACUUACCAAAUUCAUCUUUGAGUGGGGAUGAGAUAUGGUCGAUGUUGGUUGCGGCAAAGGAGGCGAAGGCAGCCCGCAAGGCAGCAAAGAUGAAAGAUGCCGGGGACGCUGGACGGCAUGAGUCCCGUCAGACGGCCGAGCAGCAGCAACAGCCGUCUCGUCCGCGUGCAGCCGCUAUGGAGGCAAUUGAAGAGUAUACCAGCAUGACAUUAGAGGAGCGGGAUUCCAUAAGUAACUUCAUCAAGCAAGUGCUGGAGCAACCAGAUCUGGAUCUUAGCACGAGGCUGCGAAGCGAGCCCGGUACAGGCACAGGCGUAUCAGUACCAAAACCCAAUACAACAGGCGGGGUCGCUGGUACCGAUGACGACGGGUUGCAGGCGGGGUCCCGCACGAUGCGUGGAAAGGUUGCCGUCUACUGCCAGGAGGAGAACAACACAGCGAACAAGGUGCUACACAUUGCUCCUGGCACAACCUUCGAAGAGUUCACCGGGAUGGUGGAAAAGAAGUUUGGGAGGAAGAUGGCGAUGUCCUUUUAUGAAGGUGAGGACAUCAUUGACAUGGAUGACGAUGACGUGUUCUGCAUGUUUGUGGAGAUGAGCCAGGCUCAAGCCCAAGAAGGCAAGCGCAUGAAACUCAUUUGUGUUCCACCAGAAAAGCGUCCGGUGGUGGCAGAUGAUGCUAUCACCGAGGUGAAGGCGGAAACGGUAACCGCUGACACCGCCGGGACCACCACCGGGUUCAAGGUGAAGCCGUUCUCUAAUGGUCGCGUGGAGGUUCGAGAGCUCAAGACGUAUACCGGCCACACUUCAGCCGUGUAUUGCUGUGCUUUCGCCCCUAAAGGCGACCGCUUCUGCACAGCGAGCCGCGACCGCUCCGUGCGUGUGUGGAACACUUCUAGUGGAACCAGCAGUGUGAUGAAGGGUGGCCAUAAUGGUUUUGUACUUUCGUGCGACUUCUCCCCGCGUGGGAAUCGCGUGGUAUCGUCAUCAGACGACCGCACAAUCAAAGUUUGGAACGUCGCGACAUGCGGCAAGGUGUAUACAUUGAAGGGUCACGAAGACAAGGUUUACUGUGUGAAGUACAAUUCCAAUGGCGACUACAUCGUGUCAUGCUCAUGCGAUCACACCGUUCGGGUGUGGAACGGAAACACGGGGACAAAGGUGGGCACGUACCGCGGCCAUACAUUGGCUGUAUUCUACUGCUGCUUCAGCAACACCGAUUCAGGGAAGUACGUUGUGUCUGGUGGGGACGACAGGGUUAUCAAGGUGUGGGAAUGGGAAAGGGAUGAGGAACAGGUUUCACUUGAUGGCCACACCGAUACGGUGUGGUCCUGCCAGUUCUCCCAUGACGACACGCGUAUUGUAUCUGCGGCAAUGAACCACGAGGUUAGGGUUUGGGACUGGUGCAACAACAGCUGCGUGUUAUCGUGGAGGGGACACCAGGUUCCCAUUCACCAGGCAAUGUUCUCUACAAGCGACAAGUACAUUUACACAUGUGCUCGCGAUUGGAGCGUCAUGAUUUGGGACGCUCAGACAGGGGAGCACUGCGAGACUUUAGUGGGACAUCACAGCACUGUCUAUCACAUGGAUAUGUGCGGCAACAAACUUAUUACUUCUUCGCUAGACGAUCAUCUUAAACUGUGGUCCGUGAAUGAGGAUUAA